UACAAAAACCGCCUCUCCUCCACAACUUCCCCCCUUUCCUACCUCCUCCGUCCUCAUCCCCACCUCGCCUCGCCAGCCACCCUCGAACCCUCGCCGCAAGAAAGGAGAAAUCAAAUCAAGCCAAAACCCCGCGACCCCACGAGGCCAAGCCCCGCGCCAUGGUGGUGUACACGCAGGAGCACGUCUACCGGCACCCGUGGGACCGCGUGACUGCGGCGGCGUGGCGCAAGUUCACGGACCCGGCCUCCCGCACGGCGCUCUCCCACGUCGCCGACGUCCACACGCUGCACCGCCGCCUCGACUCCGGCACGGGCCGCCUCCACGCCGCGCGCUCCAUCACGGUGCGGUCCCCGCUGCUCCCCUUCAUCCUGCGCCGCCUCCUCCCGUCCGCCGCGGCCUCCCCCAACGGCGCCGCGCUCUGCCACUGCGUCGAGACGUCGCUCGUCGACGCCCAGCGCCGCGCCAUGGACGUCGUCGUGCGAAACGUCAGCCUCCGGGGCAUCAUCGAGGUCGAGGAGCGCGCGUCCUACAGGCCCCACCCGGACCGCCCCGACGAAUGGACGCAAUUCAGGCAGGAGACCACGAUCCGGUGCCGCCCGCUUGCGGCCCUCGCCGCCGUCGCCGAGAAGGUCGAGACCCGCUGCGCCGAGAGGUUCCUGCAGAACAGCGCCAAGGGGAGGGAGGUCGUCGAGCGGAUCUGCCGGUACCUCGAGGCCGAGUCCGCCGGCGCCGCGCCCUCCGCAGUCUGAUCUGACCUGAUCUGGUUUGCGCCUCUUUACUUGAUCUGAUCGGAUCGCAAAGGGUUCGCUCGAUCUGUACUGCGUGCGCUCGGACAAAUCGAACCUCGCCUCCUAGGCGCCUGUUUUUUUUCUUUUCUUGUGUAUGAUGAUAUGAUGAGCUAAAUCCGGAAUGGAAUAAAGCUUGAGGUCAUAGACUUAAUUAUUCUGUUGUCUGUGGAGCUGUUUUAACCCCUGCUUUUGGUCAUAGCCUUGCCAAAUUUUACUCUGCCAUGAACUCUGUUGCUUAUUGUUCAAAUUUGACAGAUUGGUUAAUGCUCUUACUUCUAUCAAGUAGAUUUAUUUA